UAUAUUGCUGUGUGUGUAUAUAAAAGACAGCAACACUUCACCGCCUCAAACCCUCAACCUACUUGCACCUUCUUUCCGAUGGAGAACUCAAGCCAAGACCUCUCUUCCACGGCCAACCACUCCUUCUCCGGCGACGGCGACGCCUCGGAGGAGAGCGGCUGGACGUCCUACAUCGACUACUUCAUGGAGACACAGCGGCCACAGAAAGAAGAGAGUGGUGCUGAUCCCUCAACUGGCGAUGUUGGAUGCCGUUCUGCAUCGGAGUACAGCGGUGAUUGUGCAGGAAUAGGAGGCUCUACACGGCUGCCGGCCCUCGUCGAGCCGUCGAAGGCUUCAGGAAGAUUGAGCCUCAAGAAGGAGGGGAGGAGGAAGAAGGUCCUGUAUGACGAGUCCUUGGAGGAUACUGCCACCUCUCCUAUCAGUAGCCCUAAGUUGAUUGAGUUGAGGGAUUCAGAUGCCAACCACCAGAAGAAAGAGGAUGCCCGUGAUGACAUUUUCCAUUCUAAGAAGACUAGUGUUGAUAAAUUUGGUUGCAAUAACCACACCAACAAUGGAGAAAACACAGCAACAGAUAUGGACGACGAUGAUGCUGCAUAUGCCAACAAUGAGCUGAGGAAGAAAGGCCUUUGCUUGGUCCCUGUGUCUGCUUUCCAUGUAUAGCUGAUCAUAAUAGACUUACUGGUUGCUAGCUGCUUGUACAUAUGGUAAUAAGCUAGCACCAACCCUAUCUCUUCUCACAAACAUGCAUGCAUAUACACACUGCACUGCACAUAUGAAAGUGUUUAGAGUCUUGCGAACAAAGGUGUGGGGCAGUAGGUACAACUCCUGUGAAGAUUAGUUAUUCUGUUCCUGCUCAUGAAAAGGGUGCAAACUUCACAUAUGAAAAGGUCCACCAUGGUUUUUUAGUGUUAGGUGAGGGAUCACAAUGGUGUGUGUUAGAUAUGGGGUCUAUUCCAUCUUGUGAAGAUUAGUUGCUCCGUUCCUGCAUGAGCAGGUUAUUGAUCAGUUCCUUCCUCGUUCCAGUUCCA